GCUGCUUGGCUUCAGCCAAAAACAAAAAAAAAAAACAAAAAAAACCCACCCUACCAAGUCCAUGUUCACAUCGACUUUCUGAUGACACAGUGCGUGGUAGCGCAGCCUAUUGCUGCGACGCGGCUCUCCGCUGGGCUCGCCAAGCGGAGCGAGCCCGAAGAAACCGCUAUUGUUCUGCCCCGCUCUUAUCUGCGCGGCGCAAAUAUCCUGGAUGUAAACGCACCGCUCUGUUUGAACCCAGAAGGCAGGACCCAGCGGAGAGACAGAAGGUUUCCUCCUCAAGUGACUUCACUUCCCAAAAUUAGCAGAAAAAAAGUUUCAUCCGGUUAACUGUCUCUUUAGCGCUCCGCUGCACCCAGCAAAAGUUAAAAGAGCGAGCGAGAGAGCGCGAAGGAAAAGUAAAAUCUUGGGGGGUGGGGUCAGAAAGCGCGAGGAUCAGCACUUCAGGGGGCUGCGGGGCCAGGCUAAACCGGGUCAAUGUGUGGAAUAUCGCUGGACUCGGCUGGAGAUUAUUCUAGAUGGACGGAACUAUUAAAGAGGCCCUUUCGGUGGUGAGUGACGAUCAGUCCCUCUUCGAUUCCACGUACGGCGCUGCCGCUCACCUCCCCAAGGCGGACAUGACAGCCUCAGGGAACCCUGACUAUGGGCAGCCGCACAAAAUCAACCCUUUACCUCCCCAGCAGGAGUGGAUCAAUCAGCCCGUCCGGGUCAAUGUCAAGAGGGAAUAUGAUCACAUGAACGGAUCCAGGGAGUCCCCGGUCGAUUGCAGCGUCAACAAAUGCGGCAAACUGGUGGGCGCUGGGACGGAGUCCAACCCGAUGAAUUACAACACCUAUAUGGAUGAAAAGAAUGGCCCUCCCCCAAACAUGACCACAAAUGAGAGGAGAGUCAUUGUCCCAGCAGAUCCCACCUUGUGGACCCAGGAACAUGUGCGCCAGUGGCUGGAGUGGGCUAUAAAGGAAUACGGAUUAAUGGAGAUUGACACGUCCCUCUUCCAGAACAUGGACGGCAAGGAACUGUGCAAAAUGAACAAAGAAGAUUUCCUGCGAGCCACCUCCCUCUACAACACAGAAGUUCUGUUGUCUCACCUCAGUUACCUCAGGGAAAGUAGCUCACUGCUGGUCUACAACACUCCAACCCACACAGAGCCCUCCUCGCGGCUCCCGGCCAAAGAAGAUCCCUCCUACGACACAGUCCGGAGAGCAGGAUGGGGCAAUAACAUGAACUCCAGCAUCACCAAAAGUCCCCCGGUGGCAGGGACUCAAACUGUGAAUAAGAAUACAGAACAGCAAAGGCCCCAACCAGAUCCCUAUCAAAUCCUGGGACCCACCAGCAGCCGCCUCGCCAAUCCUGGGAGUGGACAGAUCCAGCUGUGGCAGUUCCUCCUUGAGUUGCUGUCGGACAGUUCCAAUGCCAGCUGCAUCACGUGGGAGGGAACCAACGGGGAGUUCAAGAUGACGGAUCCCGAUGAGGUGGCCAGGCGCUGGGGAGAGCGCAAGAGCAAGCCCAACAUGAAUUACGACAAGCUGAGCCGAGCCCUCCGAUACUACUACGAUAAGAACAUUAUGACCAAAGUGCACGGCAAAAGGUAUGCCUACAAAUUUGACUUUCAUGGCAUUGCCCAGGCUCUCCAGCCUCAUCCAACUGAGUCUUCGAUGUACAAGUAUCAAGCAGAUCUUUCCUAUAUGCCUUCUUACCACACCCACCAACAGAAGGUGAACUUUGUGCCCCCCCAUGCUUCCCCUAUGCCUGUCACAUCAUCCAGUUUCUUCGGAGCAGCAGCAUCCUAUUGGACCUCUCCUACAGGCAGUAUCUACCCAAAUCACAACGUCCCGCGCCAUCCCAGCACUCACGUACCAUCACACUUGGGCAGCUACUACUAGAUGUUUUUAUCAACUUGUUUGGAUGCUCACUUUACUUCUGGGAUUUUUGGACCUUUUGGGAUAUUUUGUGGCCGUUGUUGGGGGUGGGGAAUAAAAACUGGAUAUUAGUUAUUCUUGGAUCAAACCUCUUUUUUUUUUUCUUUUUUUUUUGUAAUUUUGCCUCUUCUGCCUUGAACUAGGAGAUGGGAUACCUCUGCAGGCCAGUACUCUGUGUUUUUGUUUUGGUUCUAAGUCUUAUGUCCUCUAUAGGAUUUGUCCAUGAAGAUGACUCACCACAACCUGGAAUGAGUACCAGUAUUUGAAUUUUUAUGAGAAAGGCAAAAAAUUAGCAGUCUGAAGUCUCCUGGCAAGACAUAGAUCCAACCGUAGGCUAUAGAAGAAUACUAUGUUUGUUUAACAGGGACUUAGGAUGAACAUGUGUUUUGGUGGUUUUUUCUGGGAUCAAGGAAGGGAUGGAAGAUUCAGAUAUUAUGUUGUGAGGACCUGAGGCUACAGGGAAUGGCAACUGGAAUCUUAGUUUUAAUUAAGGCCAAUGAGGUUUUUCACCCAACUGGAAAUUUAUAUAUAAAGAAGUAAAGGGCAUUGAAGGAAUCUUUCUAAAGUGUGCAACUUGUGUUGGACUAUGUAUUAACUCCAGAAACAUCUGAGACCAGAACAAUAGAAAGUAACCUAACAUCAAGCACAGACAUUCCUUGAAAGCAAAACUGAAAUAAAAUAAACGACAGCAGGUCCUAGAGCUCUGCCAAAGCUUUCGGGAUCGCUAAGCGCUACCGAUUCGCGAACGCUGCGCGUUUGUCAGACCGUCAUUCUAAGGGUCAGCUAAUCAGAAGGCAACUUACUGUAUAAGUUAUGCAGAGUUAUUUUUCCCUAUAUCUCACAAUAUUAAAAGAAAGAGUAAAUAAACGAGUUGACCUCAGUCACAAAAUGCAGGUUAUUUUUACUAACAAAUCAGUUGUUUGUGGGUUUUUUAUGUUGUUGUCUGUCUGGAUUAUUGUUUG